CCCACCAUCCCCCACGGUUAAUUCUCCACUCACAAAAAAUUAUAUAGAUUCGAUCCCCCUGUAUCUAUAUCUAUCCCUCUUCUCGAAAGAUCUUUCAUUCUCAAUUUAACCUACAUUUCUUCAAUCUCAGAUCUACAUUCAUCUCAUCUUCAACAACAAUGGCGAUCAACACCUUCAUUCAUCUAUUAGCCGUCACUCUACUCUUCACUCUCUAUGUUUCUCCAUCUGUUUCUUCAGAUCCAGCCGGAAAAUCACCUGCUCCGGCUCCACAACUCGGUUCCGACGAUCCAGUUUCACCGCCGGUUCCUUCCGCAGUAUCUCCGUCAGCCGGAUCUCCUCCGUCACCUCCACCGGCGUCAGAUCUGACUCCGUCUCAGUCACCGUCUCAGUCACAGUCUCCGGCUCCUGCUUCUGAUAAAUCUGCUGCUCCGGCACCGGCACCGGAGACGGCGGAUUCCGGUGACUUAUCCUCCAGUUUGAAGAACGAAGAAGAGAAUAAAUCGUCUUCCGGCGGUAUGAGCGGCGGUAAGAAGGCCGGAAUUGCGAUCGGAGUGAUUGCUGCUGCGUGUGUUGUAGGAUUUGGUGGAGUGUUGUACAAGAAACGGCAACAGAAUAUUCGACGAGCGGAGUUUAGUUCUGCUGCACGCAGGGAGUUUCUCUAGAACUUGAAUUUGUUUACAUUAUGAUUAUUGUUAUUUUCUAGAUCUAGAUCUAUUAUUCAAAGUUAUAGUGUCCUUAUCAUUUUUAUACAUUAUUAUGCUGUAAAUUUCAGCCAGAUCUUGUGGAUUCAUUACUUAUAUUCUUUAUAUACAAGUUAAUGUGAGUUUUAUAUUUGAUUAUUAUAA